GACAACAGCGCCCCAAACGCGCAAGCGCACGGUGAGGGAAACCCCGCGGCGGGGAGAAGCUGGAGCUAGCUAAAAUAACAAACCUUAACGUGGAUCAGCAACGGCAGCGUGAAGAAAUGAAGGCAAACCGGCAAGCUGUGCCACUGCUCGCUCGCAUGUGAUCGUGAUUCUCGCUGGAUGGUGUCCGUUUGCAUGGUUACGAGCCCAUGAACCUGGCCAGCCAGAGCGGGGAGGCCGGCGGCUGCCAGCUCCUCUUCGCUAACUUCAACCAGGACAACACGUCCCUAGCAGUUGGAACAAAAUCUGGAUACAAAUUUUUCUCACUGUCCUCAGUGGAUAAGUUGGAACAGAUAUAUGAAUGCACUGACACUGAGGAUGUGAGCAUUGUGGAAAGACUCUUCUCCAGUAGCCUUGUUGCCAUCGUAAGCCUUAAAGCUCCCCGGAAGCUUAAAGUGUGUCACUUUAAGAAAGGGACAGAGAUUUGCAACUACAGUUACUCCAACACUAUUUUGGCUGUCAAGCUCAACAGACAGAGGUUGAUAGUAUGUUUGGAGGAAUCGCUUUAUAUCCACAACAUCAGGGAUAUGAAAGUGCUGCACACCAUCCGGGAAACACCUCCGAACCCUUCAGGGCUUUGUGCGCUGUCUAUUAGCAAUGACAAUUGCUAUCUGGCAUAUCCAGGAAGUGCCACAAUAGGAGAAGUUCAGGUUUUUGACACGAUCAAUCUGCGGGCCGCUAACAUGAUUCCAGCCCAUGACAGCCCCUUGGCGGCGCUGGCCUUUGACGCGAACGGCACAAAACUUGCCACAGCCUCCGAGAAGGGGACUGUGAUUCGAGUGUUUUCCAUUCCAGAGGGUCAGAAGCUCUUUGAAUUCCGGAGGGGAGUGAAGAGAUGUGUCAGCAUCUGUUCUCUCGCCUUCAGUAUGGAAGGCCUGUACCUGUCUGCCUCCAGCAACACUGAGACUGUACAUAUUUUCAAGCUGGAGUUGCAAAAAGAAAAGCCACAGGAGGAGCCAACAACCUGGACGGGGUACUUUGGGAAGGUGCUGAUGGCAUCUACAAGCUACUUACCCGCCCAGGUCACGGAGAUGUUUAACCAGGGCAGGGCCUUCGCUACAGUCAGGCUGCCCUUUUCUGGGCACAAGAAUAUCUGUUCGCUGGCCAUAAUUCAGAAGAUACCGCGGCUCCUGGUGGCCUCUGCGGACGGAUACCUUUACAUGUACAACCUGGACCCGCAGGAGGGGGGCGAGUGCUCACUAAUGAAACAGCACAAAUUGGAUGGCAGCACGGAGCCGCCCAAUGAAAUUCUGGAACCAACCAAUCACGAGCGUCCACUUGUGGCACAGACCUAUAGUGUGCCAUUAGCCAAAGGUUAUUCGGAGGACCAGGGGGCUGUCGGAGGCCCCGGUGUGGAAGAUGACAUGAGUUCCCUGCGACUGGAAGAAGAGAGUGAACAACCCCCCAUGAUCCUUUUAGAGUGACGGAGCCCUGUGAUGACCUGCUGGCUGACAGAUGAUGAUGUGGGGGCGGAGCUCCAGCAGAGCUGCUAUGAACUUGUGAUGAAUUGGAAGAGAGAUUAAAGCACAUGAAGUCCUCCCUGUCCUUAUCCCAUCUAUACUGUUUUUAAAAACCACAACCAUGUGAAAUCUGCCAGCUGUACCGUUCCCCAGCUUAAAAAAGAAAAAAAAAGCCUGGUAGUGGCUUCUAAGUCUCUCAGCUUUGCAUGCUCCUGUGCCAAGUUUAGCACUGAUGGAAAUCUCGUCAAUCCACGUAUGUAUCAAUGGUUCCGACAGGGUGAUAGCUUGGAUUUUCUGUUAAUUUUGAAUGGAGAAAAGUAAUGGCCAACAAGUGCCUGUGAUGGAAUGGUAGAAUUCCUGUGCGUUACUUCACACAGAUUGUUGGGGAUUUCUGCAGAUGUAGCCUACUGAUGCUACGCUAUCUAUGUGUGGGCCGGGAUGGAUCACGGAGCUCUUACCUCCUGCUGCAGACCCCAAAGGAGAUGAUUGCGGCUAAACUAUCUUUACUGUACCAAAAGAGCUCAUUGACCAUUUUACUCGGUCUUGAUGGACAGUCACCUUGGAGCGAUGAACGCCCCCUGCUUAGUGUUCACUUGUUAGCAUUUUCUUCUGAUUCUACUGUAUGCCAUCUUAUUGUAUUUUUCACCAUUUUGGCCUCCCUUACGAUAAAACACUUUAUGGAUUUUCCAUCUCUCUCAGUGAUCGAUGCCAUUUUCUAAUGCUUCAAAUUCAAGAUGUAAACCAAAAAAUGUAGUUUUCUUUUAUGAUUAAUGUUAUUCUGAUGAGAGCUUUUUUAUAAGUUCUGUUUUUUCAGAUUUCAGUUUUUUUUUUUUUUACCUAAAUUGAUUCUUUAUGAUUCUCAAGGUUUGUUUUUCAGUCUCCAUGAGCAUUUAGGAUAAUACGGUACUUUAAUGAUUACAUUGUUAAUGUCCUGUACAUUGAUAGAAUUUAGUCAGUACUAUACAAUGAAAUUCAUAUUAUCAUUAAUGUCGAUUUCUACCUUUAAUCUUUCUUCCUUUUUAAAAAAUGAGUUGAACAAUCUCUCUCAAGCAGGAAACCAUCUAUGCUUCACUUUAUGUCCCUAAUAGAUAUAAAUAGCAGUAGGUUGUGAGGGAACUAUCAGGUCACCUUACGUAUGUGUGGAGUGUGCAGACUACCCACCUAUGGGUGACAUUAAACCGAAAGUGGUGGUGAAAGUUGGAAUUGCAGAGAAGUAGUAGUGAAUUUUUAACCUGGAGCUUGGUGUCCAUAUCUAAGCACAGCUCAGUAUUACUUUGCCAGAAAGUUGCCGUUUCAUCAACCAUGGUAUGGUUACAAAAAAGUCUGCUCUUAUCAGUAUGCAUUCAUGGAAUAUUUAUGCAUUUUGUAAUACUAUUAAGUAAACUUUUUUCCAUUCUGACUUGGUGAAGUUGAAUUAAGAAUUAUUUCAUGUCCUUAUGACAAGGUCUUUCACGUCCCCAUUGAAGUAGGACAGCAGAUUAGUGGAACCUGUGUGCCGCUGAUCAAACGUGGCUUUCUUAGCCAUUGGUUCUCGUCGGAGUACCGUGGCGUUUGAUUGGCUGCGAUGGCGGUGUAACUGCAGUAUGUAUUUAUGCCACAUGUUCUUUGGGGCUUUCCUCAACAGAAUGGACAAUUUCAAAGCCUCAGUUGGUUAUUCGGAAAUUAUAUGGAAAUUACAAGGAUUUUUAAAAGCUAUUUCAUCUCGGAGAGCUUUGGGUACUUUGAGUGUACGACGUGUUACAAAAUGUGCUGUUGCCUUAUGUACAUUUCAACGAAUUUUCUUUCAGGCAUAACAAAUGGAUGUAAUGACUUCAGAUUUUGAAGAGCCAUAAUUUCUCCUUUCUCCCCACAGCCUGUGGACUCUGCCCAGUGCUAAUAUAAUUUUUAUGAUUAUUAUUUUUUUUUUAAUAGAAAAUGUGUUCCAUACAACGAUUAACGUAUGCAAAGAAUUAUUAAGGAAAAUAAACAUCCAUGUCUGCAAAA